AUGAACUUUCCUGUUGUGGGUGUAAGCCCCCAAGCUGCGUUGUGCCGCUAUGUAUGGCUGUGGGUUCCUUCAGGCUCCACCAAUGCCCGCCACUUAUCCGAUCAGAUAACUGCCUCGGGAACCUCUAAGGUUCUGGAACCUGACACGAGCAAAUUUUGGCAGCCUCCCGAACUCCGAAUAAUGCCGGUCUCGCAACCUGCAGUGUCGACAUUGGCCAAGUGGGCCACGGCCGUCUACCCGGAUCGUCUGUCUGGAGUCGUCUCUGCUGUAACUCACCCUAUGUGGUUGCCCUAG